GGAGCAUGCAGUGUGAAGAAUACAUCGAUGCCAAAAGAGAGACGCAUGUGAAUUGGAUGAGGUAUGUGAAUUGUGCCCGUAAUGAAGAAGAACAGAAUCUUGUGGCAUUUGAGUAUCAAGGGGGAAUUCUGUAUCGUUGCUGUCGAUCCAUUAACCCAGGACAGGAGCUCUUGGUGUGGUAUGAAGAGGAGUACACCAAAGAACUCAGUCCUGCACCUACAGGAACAACCAGACAGCAAGAAGUAAAGAACACUCUGCUGCAAGUCUUUUCAUGCUCCACAUGCCCUCGUUCCGAUGCAUCUCAAAUUUACCUCGACAAGCAUAUCCAGAGAUGCCACUAUGAAGAGUAUGUGAGACUGCGAGAAUCAGGAGAGAUUAAAUAUAAGCUUCAGCUCCCCUCCAAAUGCUCCAGUCGUCAACCGACAUCAACUGAUAUUAUCCAUUCUGAUACUUCCCAUAAUGAUAUACAGAAGGAAAUUCACCACUGCUCAGAUUGUGGAAAGAGUUUUAGUUAUCAGAAUGCACUCAAGACACACCAGCGCAUUCACACAGGAGGAGAUCCACAUCACUGCUCACAGCGUGGUAGGAAUUUUACUUACCAGAGUGCUCUCCAAACACACCAGCGCAUUCACACAGGAGAGAAGCCGUAUCACUGCUCACAGUGUGGGAAGAGUUUUACUCAGCAGAGUCAUCUCCAACUACACCAGCGCAUUCACACAGGAGAGAAGCCGUAUCACUGCUCACAGUGUGGGAAGAGUUUUACUCAUCAGAGUGCUCUCCAACUACACCAGCGCAUUCACACAGGAGAGAAGCCGUAUCACUGCUCACAGUGUGGGAAGAGUUUUACUCAGCAGAGUCAUCUCCAACUACACCAGCGCAUUCACACAGGAGAGAAGCCGUAUCACUGCUCACAGUGUGGGAAGAGUUUUACUCAUCAGAGUACUCUCCAAACACACCAGCGCAUUCACACAGGAGAGAAGCCGUAUCACUGCUCACAGUGUGGAAAGAGUUUUACUCGUCAGAGUAAUCUCCAAACACACCAGCGCAUUCACACAGGGGUGAAGCCGUAUCACUGCUCACAGUGUGGGAAGACUUUUACUCAUCAGAGUACUCUCCAACUACACCAGCGCAUUCACACAGGAGAGAAGCCGUAUCACUGCUCACAGUGUGGGAAGAGUUUUACUCAUCAGAGUACUCUCCAACUACACCAGCGCAUUCACACAGGAGAGAAGCCGUAUCACUGCUCACAGUGUGGGAAGAGUUUUACUCGUCAGAGUACUCUCCAACGACACCAGCGCAUUCACACAGGAGAGAAGCCGUAUCACUGCUCACAGUGUGGGAAGAGUUUUACUCAGCAGAGUAAUCUCCGACGACACCAGCGCAUUCACACAGGAUAGAAGCCGUAUCACUGCUCACAGUGUGGGAAGAUGUUUGCUUGUUUAGUUACAUUUAAGACCUUCAAGUGCACUAACUCAGACAUUGCAUGAUUUAAAGUUGUCAAAUUAAAUAUGGUUAUUACAGUUUUGACUGAAAAUGACCUGUACUUUGAACUUUAUUGUUCAUGUUACACUGGUCAACAAUUUUUCAGAAGUUGUCUGCUUCAGAGAUGAAGUUGGCUAUUAUGAAAUUUGGUGUGUUGAAUUAGAAGUGACAGUUAAUCAGCUGAUUGACUAUGGCUUCCAAGAUAUUUAAGAUUUUUAAUGUUAUACUUAUGUACAUUGUGUAGAUUGUAAAUUUUUUACAUAUAAAUUGUAAAACUAGGUGUCUUCAUGUGUUUAUGGUCGGUUUACAUGAUAUUUCACCCGUUCUCUUUGUAAUACUAGAAAAUCAGCAAAAAGUUUAUAUAAAUAAAAUGUAUUAUGAACCAAAUUGCAAAAACCAAUUAUGUAUAAUUACUGAAUAGGUUUUGUCCUUAUUCUGUGUAUGCACAGUGGGUUUUUAUUUAUUUAUUUAUUGGCAGCUUGUCUCUUGUAUUCAUGAAACGGAGCAUCUCUUGUCAAGCAAAGACUUGACCUCGAGUGCAUAGCACUGUAUGAAUUUUUUUUUUUUUUUUUAGCUUAUAUAAGACCAGUUUGUUCAGCAGAGUGAUGUCAGUUGACUUAUGAAUGCAUCAUCAGUGACUUCUAGGAAUAACCUAAUGUCAUGUAUGAUGCAAUACCGGCUUCAGAUUGCAUCAUUCAUUGUUUUGCCCAAAAAGUAAGUACUAUCCAAACCCACUCAUAGAUUUAUUCAUAGAGCCCAUCUUGAAAAUGAGCCAAUGCACAAUUUUAAGUUUCAUUUUCGUUCUCAGCGAUCCAGAAUUAGAAAAGUUUGACUAUAUUUAUUUCAGAAGCGAUUUUGGCUGUAGACCAGUGUUCAAUGACCUGUUUUAAAAUAUGUAACCUUAUAGUGAUGUUUAAAAUGAGACAAUGUUUUCUUUUGCUCUUAAGUAGUCAUUAAUUACCACCAUACAAAUAGUGAUUUAACUGUAACACUUAUCAGUGUAGUACUGCAGCAUGAGACUAAUUGUUCAUGGAAUUACAACCCUGAUUCCAAAAAAGUUGGGACAAAGUACAAAUUGUCAAUAAAAACGGAAUGCAAUAAUUUACAAAUCUCAAAAACUGAUAUUGUAUUCACAAUAGAACAUAGACAACAUAUCAAGUGUCAAAAGUGAGACAUUUUGAAAUUUCAUGCCAAAUAUUGGCUCAUUUGAAAUUUCAUGACAGCAACACAUCUCAAAAAAGUUGGGACAGGGGCAAUAAGAGGCUGGAAAAGUUAAAGGUACAAAAACGGAACAGCUGGAGGAGCAAAUUGCAGCUCAUUAGGUCAAUUGGCAAUAGGUCAUUAACAUGACUGGGUAUAAAAAGAGCAUCUUGGAGUGGCAACAGCUCUCAGAAGUAAAGAUGGGAAGAGGAUCACCAAUCCCCCUAAUUCUGCGCCGACAAAUAGUGGAGCAAUAUCAGAAAGGAGUUUGAACAUAUCAUCAUCUACAGUGCAUAAUAUCAUCAAAAGAUUCAGAGAAUCUGGAAGAAUCUCUGUGCGUAAGGGUCAAGGCCGGAAAACCAUACUGGGUGCCCGUGAUCUUCGGGCCCUUAGAUGGCACUGCAUCACAUACAGGCAUGCUUCUGUAUUGGAAAUCACAAAAUGGGCUCAGGAAUAUUUCCAGAGAACAUUAUCUGUGAACACAAUUCAUCGUGCCAUCCGCCAUUGCCAGCUAAAACUCCAUAGUUCAAAGAAGAAGCCGUAUCUAAACAUGAUCCAGAAGCGCAGACGUCUUCUCUGGGCCAAGGCUCAUUUAAAAUGUACUGUGGCGAAGUGGAAAACUGUUCUGUGGUCAGACGAAUCAAAAUUUGAAGUUCUUUAUGGAAAUCAGGGAUGCCGUGUCAUUUGGACUAAAGAGGAGAAGGAUGACCCAAGUUGUUAUCAGCGCUCAGUUCAGAAGCCUGCAUCUCUGAUGGUAUGGGGUUGCAUUAGUGCGUGUGGCAUGGGCAGCUUACACAUCUGGAAAGACACCAUCAAUGCUGAAAGGUGUAUCCAGGUUCUAGAGCAACAUAUGCUCCCAUCCAGACAACGUCUCUUUCAGGUAAGACCUUGCAUUUUCCAACAUGACAAUGCCAAACGACAUACUGCAUCAAUUACAGCAUCAUGGCUGCAUAGAAGAAGGGUCUGGGUACUGAACUGGCCAGCCUGCAGUCCAGAUCUUUCACCCAUAGAAAACAUUUGGCGCAUCAUAAAACGGAAGAUACGACAAAAAAGACCUAAGACAGUUGAGCAACUAGAAUCCUACAUUAGACAAGA